AUGAUAACGAAUACUUACAAGAAGCACAAGAAGCUUUGUCUAAGUAUGCAUUAUAAUAAAGGCCCCGUUUCAAGUAGGAGGCAUAACAAUUAUUAUGGAUAUAACAAAUAUAAGAAUUAUUAUAAUUAUUAUAAAUUGUAUAAUUAUAAUAAGAUGACGAAUGAUGAAUAUGAAGAAAUACAAGACGUAGAAAAUAUGGGAGGUGGAAUAGGAAUACGUGGAUCCGGUUAUAGAAAUGUAUCCUCAUUAAAUGAUACAUAUUGUAAGGGGAAGCCUACAUAUAAGUAUGUUGAUCAAAAGGAUUGUAAGAACUUACUAAGAGGAAAGAAAAAGAAUCACACAAGUGAUGAUAGCAGUAUUAUUAAUAAUAAAAAUGGUAAUGAAAAAAAGAAAAUCAUCAAAAUAUUAAAGAGACCUACUGAAGAGGAAAUGAAAAAGGAGAAGAAAAUAAAUAGUAAGGAACAAAAGAAUUAUGAUAAUAAAAAAGACGAAAAAAGUAAUAGUGGUAAGGAUGAAAAUAAUGUUGAAUCGAAACAGUCAAAGGAAGGAGAAGAAGUAGAAGUACAUUGUGAAAGAUAUCUUGGAAGAGAUUAUGUAGAAGGGGAUAAAAAAAAGGAACAACAAAAGAAAAAAAAGAAAAAAGAAAAGAAAAAGGAAGGGUCGCAAGAUAUAGAAGAAAAAGAAGAUAAGCAAAAGAAAGAAAGGAAAGAGAAGAAGUUGAAAAAAAAGGCAAAGGAGGAAAAGUCCAAGAAAGAUAAUAAAACAAUAGCUAAAACGAAGAAAUCAAAGGAUCAAUUUAAAUUUUCAUCUACACAAGAAUUAUUUAAUUUAUUAUUGAAGGAUGUGAAGAAGGAGGAGGAUUUCUUAGAAGCCAUAAAUGAGCCUGAAGAAAAAGACGAAAAGAAGAAGCAAAAGAAGGAAGGAGUAGAGGCAAGUAUAAAAGAAAAGAGAAAUGUAAUUGAUAAGAUAAGUAGUAAAAUUGGAAAGUUGAAUAAUAAAUAUGAGGCAAAUAAAACUGUAGGGGAGGUGAGAAAGAAAGAUGAUGUUAAUGUGAUAUCGAAGGAGAAUGAAAGGAUGAUAAAAAAUAAGAGCAUUACACCUAAUGGUAGUAAUAAUAAUAAUAAUAAUAAUAAAAAUAAUAAUAAUUGUGAUGAUGAGGUUGUAGGAAGAACAAGCACAGAUGUAUAUCAUAAAGGAUGCAUAUCUCAUUUAAACAACAACCAUUUAAAUAGUAGUGGUAAUAGUACUUAUCUUAACCAUGUUGAUAAUAAGGAGAGCGUAGAUAAAGUUUACGUAGAUGCUAUGAUUAAUUAUCACAAUAACAUGAAUGUAAAUAAUUAUUCGCAUAUGAUGAAUAUGACAUGUAAUAAUAAUAAUAAUAAUAAUAAUAAUAAUAAUCGUAGUAGUGGUAAUAAUAAUGAUGUGAUGAAGAAUGGAAAGAAAGAUGCUAUGUGGAAAGAAUACGUACAUUUAAAAAAUAAGAGGAGCAAGCAUAAAAAUUACAAUACCACACAUAAUAACAAUCAUAAUAAUAGUAGUAAUAUGGAAAAGAUGAACAUGAAUAAUAUGAAUAAUAUGAAUACAAAUUUGAAUAAUAAUAACAAGAAACAGACAUCGAAGAUUAUGAAGAAUCUAGAAAAAAAAUGUCAUAGUAAGUUUGCAACUGUGUUGUUAGGAGGAAAGAAGUUAGAGCAGAAGCAUGAUGAAAUAGGGCGUGUAGUACAAAAUGAAGAAGAGGAUGAGGAAGCAAGAAAAAUAAAUAUGAGAAUAGGAAAUGUAAAUUAUAUGAUGAAAUAUGGUCCAUCAGAUAAAAUUAUAUUAAAUGGAAUGAAUGAAUCCAAAAAAAAUGACAACAUUGAUAUGAGUGAUAAUGUAAAUUUAAGUGUUAAUAACAUGAAUAAUGUCAGUCCUAGGACCAAACCCGGAUCUGUAUCAGGAGCUGUUCCAGGUAUAGUUUCCCCUCCAAACGUUAUAAAUUACAAUUCGAAAGCGGAUGUGUCGAAUAACAACAAAACGAUUAACAUAAAAAAGGAAGAAGAGGCUGGUCAAUUUGUGAUACCUUUAUAUAUGAGAUCACCUAAGCCUGAACAAAUUCCAAUACCUCUUUAUUUCUCAGAGGGAGAAAAUAUGAUACUGCCAAAGGAGGACUUGAGUCUUGAUGAGAAGAAGCUUAUGAAAGUGGCCGUUAAUAAUGAAAUGAAUGAUAAUAUGAUGGGUUAUUCAAAUGGUACAAUAUGUAACAAUAACAAUAUGAAUAAUAUUAAUAUGAAUAAUAACAAUAUGAAUAAUAUUAAUAUGAAUAAUAACAAUAUGAAUAAUAUUAAUAUGAAUAAUAACAAUAUGAAUAAUAACAAUAUGAACAAUAUGAAUAAUAACAAUGUGAACAAUAUGAAUAAUAUGGUUACAAUGAACCCGUUGAGUAGUUUCAGCUACAAUCUAAAUGACACAAACAACAAUUUAUUGAACGACCCGCUGAACAACCACGUAAGGAUGUUUAAAGAAAAGCUUGCCAAUGCACAAUAUGUGAAGACCAAAAAUUAUACAAGGAAUUUAAAGGAAUAUCUAUAUAUGAACAUGCCGAAAGAUAAGAAUCCUUUAAAUUAUUCGAAGAAAAAGAAAAAGACUUUCUUAAAUAGGAAUUAUGUAACAUUUAAUGCGGAAGUAAAUAACCAUGGAAAGAUGAUGGGAGUAAACCAUGAUAUGGCAAAAAGUGCAGAUAGGAAUAACAUGAAGAGUGUAAAUGGUAGUAUAUAUAAUAAUAAUAAUAUGAAUAAUAUGAACAAUGUGAACAAUGUGAACAAUGUGAACAAUAUUAACCAUAGUAGUAGUAAUAAUAAUAAUAUUAGUAAUGGUAUGCAUUCCUUUCAUAUGAUGAAGGCAUCCUAUUAUAAUGGUUGCAACUUGAACAAGGGAGGACGGUAUUUUAAGGUGGACAAAUAUUUUUAUAGUAGAAAGUAUAAAGUUAGAACUCAUUAUGGUGAUAACAAUGGUCAUCAUAAGUACAGGCACUUUCAAUUUUUGAAGGAUAUAAAGAUAGCAGUAUAUUGA